CCUGUUGAGACACAGCUGGACUCCUCAGCUUAGUGAACUCCUGUUCACCUUACCCUGAAUUAGGCAAACACUACAAUUCCCCCAAAGAUAAGUGCAGAAGCUUUAAUUUGCACAGAUCCACAAGGUGCUCAUCAGCUUGUGGUUUGUCCAGAAAAUCCCUGCUUUCUUUCAAGCAGAACGAAGAUCAAUGUCUUUACAAAUCUGCCAGCCUCCAUCGUGGUGGGCUGGAUCUUGCUGGCGUGUGAUGGCGAAUCCAAACGGAACCGAAGCUGCUCAGCAAUUUAAGCAGCUGGAAGUCCCAGGCUCUGGUCUGUGAUACAUGGAAAUUGCAUUGGGGAAGUAAUUGUCAGGGCCUUCAGCUGGUUAGACCCUGGCCCAGGAGCCCUGUCCCAUCAAGUUCAGUGCGGUUUUCACACUUCAUGAUUGGAAGCAAAAGAGUAGAUUUGUUUAAAGAUUAUACAACUCAAGAAUGUAGAAAGGAGAAUUUGAGUUUUUGCUCAACGUUGGAAAUUCUACCAAACUAUACUCCAUGGAUUAGAGUGCAGCCAAACAUGCAGUCAGUGAUGGCUUCUGCUGCAAAGCGGUGCGUCGGUGCUACCUGCUGUGACUGAAGCCUUUGGCAACAUGUUCAGCGUGGAGGACCUCCUGAUCUCUCAUGGCUAUCAACCCUCGAAGAGAAAUGCAGGGGACAAGCCCCCGUCUUCCUCCUCCUCCGACAGUCUCGAACCCGGAGGCCACUCGGAAGUCAGGCGCAAGCCCGGGUGCGAAGGGGAGAGAGGCGGCGGCGACAGCGGGAGUGGGCAGCCCCGGGUGGAGGACGAUCUGAGUGACGGCGAGGGCAGGCCGGUCGGCGGCGGCUGCUGUCCUCAGGUGCACCGUCUGCUCCCGCCGCCGGCCGACGGGAGCCGGUUAAACAGUGGUCCUUCAUUACCCUGUUCAUCGAGGCCCAACUCGGGUAAAGAUGUCACCUACUGGAAAAGAAGAGGACAAGACUUCAGUGUUUUACUAAAUUAUACAAAUCGAGGAGGCUCAGAAGGAAGUAACAUGAUGAAAACUCAAACUAUUCUGAAAACCGAAAAACAAGAGAGAGGAUCACAAGAUCAACUGAUGAAGAACAAGCAGCAGGUGACAGAAGCAAGUAGACCAGAUCAGCAAAAGAGUUGGAUAGCAGAAGGUCAGAGUAUAGUUGAGAGAGAGGUGUGCGAAGGCAAGUGGAGAGCGCCAAUGGAUCGGAAGUGUCAAAGCUUGGGGACCAAGGAAUGGAAGUCAACUUUAGGAAGACAUUUGUCUGACAGUGAUGGAAACGGGCUGAGACAAAAUAUGUUGCCCAAGAUGGUUAGUGAUGAAGUAUUUCAAAGAGAAGGAAUGGGAUAUGUUAAAAAAGGGAAGUCUCAGUCAUUGCCUCGGGUCAUUCCAGACAGCAAUGGCAAGGAAUUUCAGACAGGGCUCCAUUACAUAACAGCGUCUGGCUUUAAUAGAAGCAGGCAGGAAAAUCUGUGUUCAAACAAUUUUCAUGUGUUGCAAAACAGCAGUUCUUACUGUAAUCCUCAAACAAGUACAAAAUGGAGGGAAACCGCCAGGCAGAGUACUCCGUUUACUCAACUGCCCAAAGCAAAGUUCAACAGACCACUGAAACCUCCCUCUUAUGAACUAUAUCAGCAAAUUAGGAGAAGUUCAGAAAUGAUCCCUAGUCUCCUUGUGCCUGAAGCAAAUGAAGGGCAAGGUGUGUAUUUUGCCAAGGACACUGAAGUAGGUGCUGACCAUAAUAAUUGUCCCCAAGUUCUUGCUAGUAGCAACUUGGAGCCUCCUGUCUAUGUGCCUCCCCCAUCCUAUAAAACGCCACCUCAUCAAAAAGUUGGUCAGAUAGGUUUUGAUAAAGUGCCUAGUUGUGACAACAAUACAUAUCAACUCUCUCAGUCAGUAAGGACUCAUACAGAUCAGGCUCACUGGUGCUCAAAAAAUGAGGAGAGCAAUCAGACUGAUGAAAGACAAGCUUAUGUUGAUCAUGGUGCAAAGCAGCAUUUGCUACAGGACAAGAAUAUGAAUGAUGAAAUAGGUAACGGUGUCCCUCAUCCUCGGGAAAGCCACAACACAUCGCAUAAUGGAUACGCCGAUGAUCAAAAGGCUUUUGUCAAGUACAUACCAUUUACUGAUCCUCGGAUUAGGCAUAUUACAGUAGUGCAAUCUGACAAGCAGCCUGAAGAAAUGGAUUAUAAGCAAGUACAAUGGAAUGCAACAGACCAAAUUACAGAUAGAAAUAAGAUGCUUGGGUCACCACACCGUCAUAGUGCCUUCUCUGUUCCAUCAGGGUCACUUUACUCUAUUCAGGCAGGCCUGAAGCCAAUAACUGAUCCUUCGGCUGCUAACAAAUGGUUGGUGGCAUGUAAGCCAGAGAGUGAGAACAGAACAAAGUUGGACCAUUGUUACAAACCAUUUGUAGUUGGCCAGUGCGAACCCUCUUCAAGGAUUAUUUCAACCACAAACCAUCCGGCACACUUUCCACAAUCAAGUACCAAAUCUGAAGGAAAACUGCAAGCAAACCAAUGUUCUACUGAAACAGUGACCCAGGUAAAGAAAUGGGAGCCAGAUUCUCAGUGUUUUGACGUGCAAGGAAAGAAACAGCCAAAAAGAAGAAUGACAGAAACAAUAUUUUGCCUCGUGUCCGUUCCACUCAGUAAUUCCGAAGGAGGGUCAAAUGAAAAUGCCCUUAAUAGUGACAUAGGAAAUGGAAAUGUUGAAAAGUCCAUGAGUGAUAGCACUGGAAAUUUAACUGAACAAAGUUUUUUGAGCAUGUCCUCUUCUGACUUGGAGUUACAAGCAUUGACUGGAAACAUGAUGUCAGAAAAUGGGCUGAAGAAACUGGAGCCCUGGACUGAAGUCAGCAAUAAACGCGCAGUCGGCUAUAACUUUAACCAGCACAGAGUGUUGCGAGCCUCUGGCUCUUGGCCAGGUGACCAGUACAAAGAUCAGGAAACACAAACAAGUUUCAGUAAAGGCCCUCGCUCUACUCAAUCAUUCACCAGUGCCAUAAAAAAUGUUGCCAAGGGCAACCAGAGCCACUCAGAAUCUGAAACUCUUUUAUUAGAGCAGGGGGAUAAAGUAAGUACAGGUGCUGCUGCCAUCUCUGACCAGAAACAGAAGCUCAGUAACCAUCCAAUACAUGGUCUGACAAGCUUGCAUCCAUCCAAAAAUAGUGCUUUCUCAAGGACAACACCUACACAAUAUCAGGUAAUUAAACCACACAAAAAUCAGCUGGAAGGAGCCUCAAAAAGCCCCUUUGAGAAAGGCAGAGAUGUAAGUUCAGAAGAGCAGGUGGAAGAGAACCGAACCUGUCCACAGACGUCAUCCAACAAUGGCAAAGCACCUGUGGGCUUCGGGCAGUUUCUCCUGAAGCCUGUAAACAGGCGUCCUUGGGACGCAAUCAGCGAGCUGGAAAAUUUCAACAAAGAGAUUCAGGAACAGGAGGAGAACAAUCAGGCACCACAAAAGGAGAGUGAGCUUUCAACGCCCCAGUCGUUAAGUUCAGACAUCGCCUUUCCAAGCACUCAAAUGCCUUCCUGUGACAACUCUGAGCUGUUUGUGCCUGAAAAACUAUUGGCCAAUAGAAAUACUUCCAAAGAAAACUUGGACUGUGGAAUUAAUAAACACUCCCCAGGUUAUCCCAAUAUUACCCUUGAGGUACAGAAACCAUUUCGAGUAUCUGCCGACAACAACAAGCUGAGCAGCCAGCUGAGUAAUCCCCUCCAUAAACCAAUCAGCAAAACAACAGCAAAUACUAAAAGCAGCACAGUAUUAAAUGUAUUUUCAGCAAAAAAUGCGCAGUUCACUAAAUUAAACAAUGAAAAGAAUGUAGAGGACUCCAGUUGCAAAAGUCAACGCAUAAACAUCAAUGGCGUUAGUAAGCCCAUCUAUCAACUGAGUGAAAGAAAGGCAGGCGAGAUAAUUGAAAAUUCAUUAGUCAGCAAUAAGGCUGCAGGUAAAAGAAAUGUGCCAGCUCCAGAAAGUGAAUGUAAUGGCAUUACUAGAAAGAUGUUCUCUCAAUUUAACAGCGAUGAGAUUUAUUCAGAAACUGAUCUUAGCUCUUUAAAUUCUUGCAAAAGCCCAAAACCACUCACUGACAACCUGGACGACCUCUUUGAGCGGAAAACAGUGAAAGGAAUUUCCAAAAGUGAAUCAUUUGAAGAAAGAGCUGCCAGGAUUUUAGGUAUUGACGUGGCAGUGGAAGCCUUGAUUUCCCCAACAAAGAAAGCUCAACAUGAAGAUGGAGAAAAUGAGGCAAAGUCUUCCUCUGAAGAGGAGCUGGACAGUACCUGCAGUCAUAUGGCAAACAGUAAAUGUACUUCAGGAGAAGUACUGGUGCACGGAGUGGGAAAAGGCUUGGAAUCUGGCAAACAAUUGGAAUGGAAAGGCAGCCCAGUCUAUGGAGCGUGGUUACCAAAUGGAAAUAAUGUGCUCCAGAAUAAAUUUUCAAAGCAUGUUACUGAAAGUAACAAAGAACUACAGUUGGGGAAAAGGGCCAUCAUCAAUGAAAUUUUUCAUGAACCUUUCCAAGAGUUUUAUAACUGGGCUGACAAAAAUUGCUUCUUUGGCACCGAAAGCAAAGCCGUUUCUCUAACGGGUCCGGAGAGGAAAGGUCGAAACACGACAGGAAUAAUCGAAGCCUUGCAAGGUAAACUUGCGGCGUCUCCCAGCCGCACAGCUCUGGAUCGCUUGGCCCGUAUGAAAGAAGUGGACUCGGUUUCCCGCAUUAGACGCCUCAGCAUCAAAAGUGCAGACUCUGGCGAUGAGCUUGAGGAGGAUAAAUGUGGCACAGAGCGAAGAGAUAAGGAAGGGCCUUGUGCACCAGUUCGAAAGGAAGACACACAUGCAACAAAGGAAAGAAUUGUAUUGCUAGAUCAGGAUUUUGAAUCUUUUGUGACUUCAGUCACAGCUGAUGCUGAGAGCAAAGAGGCUAGAGAUGCAUAUGAUCCCAGCAAGGUUGAGACCGUGUGAAAAAGGAGCGGGCAAGAGCAAGGAGCUGUCAGGACAACAUUGUGGAUUUUACACUGUGUCAUUCACAAGUCUGCCUUUCAUCAAAUGCAAACAUCUGGAACACCUUCCACUACUAUGUUUAUAUUAACAAAUACAUUGAUAAAAUGCUGUGUCACUGCCAGGAAGAAAUUGACUGUAAACUUUCUCUUCAAUAUCACAACCCAGCACAUAGACACACAGUAUAAAUCCACCGAUAACUUGGCACAUGACCCACCUGCUCUGAGUCCAGCAGGCAGAUGCAGGAGGUGACGAGAGGCCACGUUGGUUCAGUAAGAGGUGACCUACUGAAGUUGUAGUUGAGGCAGAAUGAAGGCUCCCAAAUGUGUGAUGCCUGAUCUGGAAAUGCUAACACUGGACACCUGAAACGAAGGAAGAAGCUUCCCACCAAUUACCUGAAGAGCACAAGUUUUUUUUUAAAAAUCCAGUCUUCUAAUUUGAGGUUUCACGAACUGGACUUUAUAUCAAAAAUCAGCAAUAUUACACUCAAAGUAUUGUGUUGGAUUUGCUUUCUCUCUGGUAGAGGCACUUGAACGUGCACAAAUCUGCAUUUGGUUUUUUCUGAUUAUUUGAGAGAAAUGAACCUUUCCAUCUACUGGAACUCUGAACCUGGAUUUGUAAUAUUGGUCUAGUUAAGAAUGGACUUGUUAUUAAUGUGUUUAAGACAGUUCCAAGUUUCUGCAGAGCAUUAGAAGAUUAGACUUCAAGUACAUGCCUGGACAGCUGCAGGGAGUAUAAGGGCGAAAGGAGAGUGUGUAUGAAAGUUACAGGGAUUUGGGAUCUAUAAUUCAGAAAGCAUUCAGCAAUGUUAGGUCUACUAUCCUUUGGAUAACAGAGUUCAUUUGUUCAUCAUUUAUUUUCCAAAGCUAGGUAUGUUGCACUAGCCGCAGUUAUUCCUGGAUUCCAUGGUCCCACUAGUGGGGACAAGUUCUAACCCUGCACUCCACUGUGUCUGGGAUCCCUCUUGGAUGGUGGGAAUGAGGGAGGACACAGUGUCCCAGUAAUGGAAACUCAUGAAUGGCAGUUAGAAAUGAAACAGUUGGCACAAAGUUACAGCUGAGUUAAAGACAAAGGAAUACAGCACAUGGUGAGCGAUUACAGUUUGAAUUCAUUCAUACAGGGCAUUAAAGAUCAGUCACUUCCUGCAGCAACACUUGGCAAAGCUGUUCACAUAGCAUUCUUCAUAGCACUGUUCUGUCUGCAGUUGGGAAAUGACAAGUAGAUGGAACACCCUCCCCCAGUCUCACUCCAAUCUCCUGUCUUCGCUGCCAGUCCUAUGAGACUCCCGAUUUCCACUCACCGGAAAUUCAAAUGUCCAGCUCUCACCCAUUUUUCAUUCUCCAAUAUGCAGUUCACACUGGAACUCAUGGGCAUAGGUAGACACUGAUCAUUGCCUAUUAAUUAGUUCAGAAGGUUGGUGUGGACAAGCUGGCCAAAGGACACACUUCCAUCCCGUAUUCUCCAUGAUCUUCACUCUAACUGAAGGUCAGUUCUUAUCUUGCAGAAUUUGCAUUAGAGUUUUAGGCAUGCAAAUUAAUACCGGUCAUUAAUCAGGAAAUUAACUAGCAUAACAGAAAUUAUGUGCUCAUUUACAUUUUGUAAAGUAUAUACUCCUGCUCAAUGUUAAUUUAAAUAUUUCUGACCUGCAGUGAUUGUCUGCCUACUGGGAACUUUACAAUCGGUGCACCCAAAGUUUUGUAAGCACCAAUUGUUCGGUGCUGAUCUCAACAGUAAAUUUUACAGUGAUGGAUGAUUCGGUGCGAAUCUCACAUCAGCCGCUGCCAUCCAUCAUCAUUACACGGCUGAGAUUGGAUAUCCAGCCUUUUCAUUGCAGGAAAUAAUGAGCAAUACAGAACGUGGUAUUACUCAGAUCAUUCAACCCAAUCUUGAAGAUUGCUGAUCUUAAUAUAGCUGAGAAAUGCUAUAAAAUCACUUGACAACACCACCUUGCAAUUCUAUAGCACUUUUAACAUUCAUUGGGCUAUAUUGGCUUUAAACGUAAGGUGAAUAUAAUACACGAAGGACUUGCUAGUGCCUUUCUGAAUUACUAUACAUUAAUGAAGAAAUGGCCUCAAAGAUUUUGCUUUAUAUAAAAUGUGUAUAUUUAUUUUAAUGUAUACAGUAUUAUUAGAUUAGAACUAACAACAGGAUUAUUAAAUAUCUUGUAUUUUGAUUAUUGGGAAGAAUCAAAAGACACAGGCUAUUGAGUGUUAAGCAAUGUGAGUAUUUGAUGUCAUACUGAGUUUUCUUCCCUAUUCACGGAAAUGAUGUGGUAGAGGGCUCGGUAGGGGACCCUCUCCAUACCGACAAGAACUGUGAGCUAUGGAGCCUUUUCUUUUUAAGCUACAGAUUCAUCAGCCUCCCCUCACCCUCAGCGUAGUGAGAAACUGCCAAUGAAUGCCGGCCUUUCUUGCAAAGGUCACAUCCUAAGAAAGAACAAAAGUAAUGUUAAAUUCUAUACUGUCUACAUAAAAUCAGCCAAUGAUCCCUGUGUUUGCACGUAACUUACUCACCAGAGCGGAUUUUAUAAAAGCUGCCGGGGAGUGAGUGCAAAGGAAAUUGCCUUGUCCCUAUAUCAUGCCAAUGAACCAGAUCUUGUAAUCCUGUUUUUUUUAAUGGAAAAGCACAAAUAAAUAGUGUUUACAUUCUGACAGACCGCCACGAAGUAUACGUAUAUAAAAUCUUGAUAUUGGAUAUUUAUCAAUCAGUUAUCUGUAACGAAAGGGCACAAAGUCAUUUCCAUAGGAUCAACAUUACAGUAAUCUAAGCUUGUACCAGUCACAAAACGCAAUUAAUUCUAAUGCAGAUGCCUGCUUCCUCCAGACAACAUAUUUGUUAUUUUUCUGACAUUUAAAGAAAUAACACUUCUGAAAGAAACAAUUUAUGUUAUACGUUUAAUCUUUAAAUGUCAUGCCAGUCUGAAGUCAGCUUUCUGUCUGAGCAUAUGGCUCACAGGCACUCUAAAGUUAAUCAAAAUUGACAGCAAGGCAAGUAGGCUUACAGGUGACUUAAUAUAUAGAGAGUAAUUGUAUAGUUUAAUGCAUAUCUUUGUAUAUAGUAUGUAUAUUGGAAGCAUAUGAAGUGAUGGUCAAUAGAAGUUGAAUUAUAUCCAAUGACAAAAAGAUUUCCAAAAUAAAAGUUGAUAUAGAUUCCUUGUACUCUGAUUGGUUGUCUCAGGUCCCAGAUUCCAUUUCAGGGAAGUCACUUACACAGGAAUCCAGGAGUGAACCUAUAGAUGGAUCUAGAUCAUUAUUUAUUUACUAGAAAAACUUAUAAAGUGAUAGUAAUGGACCAGUUUCCUGUUCAUCAAAGGCCAGUGUAUUCACAGAUUAUAGUUUCGCCAUGCUGGUGUUAAUCCACUUUAGGAAGUGUUGCACUUAAUCGAACACACUUUAAACUUAUAUGAAUAUAUAUUCUCGUUAACUGAGAGCGUGUUAAUGCUCUCAAUUUAUCAUCUCAAAUUGUACCUCACACCACCACACUGAUAAUCUGGAGAUAAAUCAACCCUAUCGUAUAUAGCAAAAAAUGCUGUACAGGCGCACUUCAACUAUAAAGAGAUAAAAUAUGCAAUUGUGCCACAGAUUUUGUUUACUAUAAUUGGAAUGGACAAAUAUAAUCGUCUCUAUACUUUUCUAGGAUCCAAGUGACAAUACUGGGAAUGAAAUACUAGCUUGUGCAAAAAUCCAGAUUGUUAUACAAAAUGCCAAAUACAAUGUAGGAGCAAAACCGGAAAUGUAUGUUUCAUAGAAUAUUCCUCUUCUCUCCUCAAAUGAAAUUCAGCUAUACAUUAUCCGUGGCGUGGGUCUGAAAGAGGAGCUGGAUUAUUGUCAUUGCUUCCGGUGAUACUAUUUCCAUAGCAAGGAUUAGGUCUUCUUAUGAAUGCUUCAUGGAGAUGAUGUUGAUAUUAGUAGACAAGUGGCCUAAGGAAACUAAACUGCAGUAUUUGUGUUGAGUAGAAGAUGCAUAUAAGUGUCUCAGACAAACUCACAAGUGUCACAUAUCUUAGAAGCUUUUCCAUUAUUUUUUUGAAAAUAAAAGCAGUUAUUUUAUUUUUUAAACCAAGGUAUGUAUUUGUAUAGAAGCCAAGAUCUGUGGAGGAAAGCAAGAGGGGAUUUGCUUGUUUUCCCCCAAAAUCUGAGAUUAACUUCUAUUUAUCAGCUCAGUGUAAAUACUAAUUCACAGGCUACAAUGUAUCUUCACUGAUGUAUAUUAUUCUAGGUUAUCCCUAAAUAAAAUAUAUGCAUGAAACUUC